AAAAAAAAUCUAAAUGAAAUGAAAGCACUAGUAUGUUGCUAUGAACAGUGGUCAAAUGUACAGUUUUAGCGAUCAUUAUAGAGAUAUUUGACUGUUAAAACUGUGAUUGGCCAAUCGGAACCAUGUUUUCCAGAGAUAUAAAUCUAAAAUAUUUUCCUCUGCACAGCACUACUUAUUUCUGUCAUUCUCUCUUCCUGUCUCCUUUCUCUUGUUCUUUCUUUCAAGAAGUUCUUUCACACUCAUCAGACACCUAGUUUUGCUUGCAAACCCGCCGCCCCUCUUACUUCACAUAACCCCAUCUGGCCAACAGCUGAAAACUAUUAAGCACUGCUGGAACUUCCUCCUUAGUAUCCCAGCUUGUGUGAAAGCAAAUAAGUCGCCCGGCUCUACAUUUCACCCAUCUUUUCGCUUUCGUCUAAAGGCGCUCUCCACUGGUUUUCUCAUUCGGUUCAUCUUUGCCAGAAGACACUGGCUGGUGCUUUGGAAAUCUCCUCUCAUUAUUGGUAGAGGUGGCACAUUCCAGGAAAUCGCAGCUAAGACGGAGCAUUUUCAAGCAUGAACCGGGCAUUUAACAGAAAAAAAGAUAAAUCAUGGAUGCACACUCCAGAAGCACUGGCCAAGCAUUUUAUAGCAUACAAUGUCAAGUUUCUGGGGCAUACAGAAGUUGAUCAACCCAAAGGUACGGAGGUGGUGAAAGAUGCUGUCAGAAAGCUCAAGUUUCAGAAACACAUUAAGAAGUCAGAGGGACAGAAGAUCCCAAAAGUGGAAUUACAGAUCUCCAUCUACGGAGUAAAAAUAUUAGAUCCUAAAUCAAAAGAAGUACAGUACAACUGUCAGUUGCACCGGAUAUCCUUCUGUGCAGAUGAUAAGACAGACAAAAGGAUAUUCACAUUCAUUUGUAAAGAUUCAGAGUCCAACAAACAUCUCUGCUAUGUGUUUGACAGUGAAAAAUGUGCAGAAGAGAUAACUUUGACCAUCGGCCAAGCGUUUGACUUGGCAUACAAGAAGUUUCUGGAGUCCGGGGGAAAAGACGUAGAGACGAGGAAACAGAUAGGUGGCCUACAGAAAAGAAUUCAAGAUCUUGAAGCUGAAAAUUCCGAGUUGAAGAAGCAGUUGCAAGUCUUAGAGGAACAGCUGAUGAUUGCUCAAGUUCCUCCUCUUCUUCACAUUAACUCUUCUAAUGAUGCCUAUAUGCUUCAGAGACCCUCAUCUCUCUUCUGGGGUCACAACGUGACUUCAUUCUCGUGCCUCGAAAUUUCUUCUGUUACACUAACGCCAAUGAGCUCACCUGACUCUAACCUUUCUGCUGGUCUUCUGACUCCUCCACCUGCUAAACCAGCUUUGUCAAAGUCUCCCAGUGGAGCCAGUGUUCCUCACCCUCCUGGAAGCAGCAUGUCCUCGAAGACGCCCACUGACAUAUUUGACAUGGUUCCAUUUUCUCCAAUGACCCCAUUGGUUCCAUUACCAGCAAGUAAUGGCUCGGCCCCUCCACCCCCUGCAAGGCCUACGGAGAUUAGCAGAGACCUGUUUGGUGCAGAGCCAUUUGACCCUUUCACCUGUGGGGCAGCUGACUUUCCUCCUGACAUCCAGUCCAAGCUGGAUGAAAUGCAGGAGGGGUUCAAAAUGGGACUAACAGUAGAGGGCACUGUCUUUUCCCUUGAUCCACUAGAAGGUCGCUGCUGAUGCCAAGAAGAAAGUUUUGUCACUUUCAUGUUAAACCAUUUGUAUUAAAGUGCCAAACUCGGGUUUACAGUCAAGAUGUCAAUGUCUUACCUUACAUUUUUAUGUAUUUGCAUUAUACAAAAAGUAUAUUGAGAAAUCUGAAGCAGUAGAUCAAUAUUUUUGUAAGAACUAAAAAAACAACAACUAGUACUGUAGUUUUAACACCCCUUGCUUGUACAGGCAACGAAGGAUGUAGGAAGUAUGCCCAAUUGCACAGUCUGUGUCGAAGUUUCAUAACUGUUCAAAGGCAAAUUCUUGAAGCUUAUUUUACACAUACAAGCUACUGUUUUUAAUCUGUUUGGCAUAUUAAAAAUCAUAAACACAUACAACGUUAUCAUUAUGGAGAGUUCCCUUUACAUUAUUUUUUAACUUUAUUUUUAACACAAUGCGGUACCAUACAUCAUAACAUUCCUUUUGUAUCAAAUCUCUUGUACAAUUAUGAUAUUGUUUUGUUAAUAGCAAUGGAUACAUUAAAAUACAGUAUUUUUUAACUGAACAGCAGUUAAAUUGUAGGACUGGACUAUUUCCGCAUUAACAUGUACUUGUAUUGCAGCUUAAUUUUAUAUUAUAUAUUUUAGUAUACUCUUGCACAAAGAAGCACUUUGAAAGAGCUUUGUUCAUGUAUUAUUGUUAAUUCAGUAUUAUUUUAGCCUUUGCUGUU